AUGGGGCCCCCCGGGGUCCGCGGAGCCGGGGAGGGCCCCCGCCGCCGCCGCCGGCUGGCCCCGGUGCUGACGGGGCUCCUGGUGCUGGCCGUGGGCCUGGAGCUGCUGUACGUGCUGGCCCCGGGCCCCCCGGACCCCCCGGACCCCCCGGGCCCCCCAAGCCCGGCCCCCGGCCCCCCGGCCCUGCACCUGCUGCUCGGCCUCUAUCAGAUGCUCAACCUGCUGGUCAACGCGGGGCGCUUCCUACGCUCCGACCCGGGCAUCCGGGGCGUCAUGCUGGCCGGGAGAGGCCUCGGCCAGGGCUGGGAGUACUGCUACCAGUGUCAGAGCCAGGUGCCCCCCCGGAGCGGGCACUGCACCAGCUGCCGGGUGUGCAUCCUGCGUAAGGACCACCACUGCCUCCUCCUGGGCCGCUGCGUGGGCUUCCGCAACUACCGGCCCUUCCUGUGCCUGCUGCUGCACGGGGCCGCGGCCCUGGCCCACGCCGGGGCCCUGCUGGGGCCCGCCCUGGCCGCCCUGCUGCGGGCCCAGACGCCCCUGCGGGCCAUCACACUCCUCCUCAUGCCCUGGCUGAUGCUGCUGACCGGGAGCGUGUCUCCGGCCCAGUUCGCCCUGGCCUUCGUGACGGACAUGUGCGUGGCGGGCGCCCUGCUGUGCGGGGCCGGCCUGCUCUUCCACGGGGCGCUGCUUCUGCGCGGGCAGACCACCGGCGAGUGGGCCCGCGGCCAGCGCGCCUACGACCUGGGGCCCCGCGGCAACCUGCGGGCCGCCCUGGGGCCCCGCUGGGCCCUGGUCUGGCUCUGGCCCUUCGUCCGCUCGCCGCUGCCUGGGGACGGCGUCGUCUUCCCGGCCUCCCGCGCCCGCUGAGCCCGCCCCGGCCCGGGCGCCGAGGGGCUCCUCCGUCCGCCGCUCUCUUGCCCCGAACUCGCGGCCCUCCCGCUUGCCCCGCUAGUUCGAGCCCCGUCUUCCUCGUUGGUCCCGGGGGAGCCCCGGCCUCGUCGCGACCGGCUCGCCCCGCGACCUGGAAGAAGGAGGUGAGAACGUCGGGCUGACGGACAAGGCUAUCUCCCGCUCACCGGGAGCGGGAAAGGACCGCUUUUUCUCCGUAAUAAAGCCUCCUUUUGGCUCCAUUUCCGACCGA